AUGGAGAGAACUUUUUUCAUUUUUCUUCUAACAAUUACUCAUGUUUCACUAAUAUUAAACUCGGUCAUCGCUGUGAAUUCAAAGAAAGGGUUUAGUAUCAAAAUGAUCCAUAUAGACUCCAAAGAAUCACCUUUAUAUCAAGGUGAUCAUCUAACACCACACGACAGGCUUCAAAGACUCGUCGAACAAUCUAAAGCUAGAGCACGUUAUAUGGAGUCGCAAAUACUACUCCGAAGCAAUGCAACACAGUCCAUGAAUCCUGAUGUUGUACGUUUGCCCGUAGUUUACGAUGCAAAGACGUUUUAUGUUGCAACGGUUGGUUUAGGUACGUUUCCUGGCCAACAGAAAACAUUCAUGAAUUAUUAUUUAAUGAUUGAUACAGGUAGUGAUCAGACAUGGCUUCAGUGUGAAGGUGCCGAUCAAACUUUCAAACAAGAUAUGCCACUUUAUCCCUCCAGAUCGUCAACUACAUUUCGUAUUGUCUAUUGUAAUACGCACCCUCUUUGCACCGGAGAUAGGUGCACCAAAGAUGGUGUGUGCACUUACGAAACAAUUUAUGCGGGUGGAUCAGUUACAUUUGGUGUUGUCGCUGAAGAAAUAUUCACUCUAGGCUCUGAUACUGGUGGCUUUGAAAGUAUCCAAUUACACAUGGGUUGCGGUCUUGUCCAACAAAAUUUCGAUACAAGUUGGGGUAAUAAUCACCUAUAUGGAAAACAUGACCUUAUUACAGGAAUACUUGGUUUAGGAUCAGGACAAUGGUCUUUUAUAAGCCAAUUAGGUGCUACUGGACAAGGCAAAUUUUCCUACUGCUUAGAGGCGUUUAACUCGAAAAUCGAAGGAUCAGAUACAUAUUUAAGAUUUGGUGCAGAUGCGACAAUCGGACACGUAGGCCAAGAAGUAUACAAAACUCCCUUUGUUGUGCCUAAGCUAUUUAAGACAUCGCUCUAUUACUUAAAUCUAGAAGAUAUCAGUGUAGGUAACACGAGAAUAAGAUUUCCAAGAGGUACUUUCGAGCUUAAUAGCCAAGGAACUGGCGGUUGUAUCAUAGAUUCCGGUACUCCAAUAUCCAUAAUGUAUAGAGGUCAUUUUAAUAAAGUGGCAAAUUUGGUGAAGGCACAUUUUAAUGGGCUUGGAGUUGAAUAUGUUGGAAAACGAUACAGUUUUGAAGUUUGUUUCCGUCUACCAGGAAAAUUUGAUACUGCUAAGUUUCCUUCGUUAACACUUCAUUUUCAAUCGGCCAAUUUUGUUAUUUCAGAUUAUAAAGCAAAUUUUGUGACACUAGAUUUUGAAACUGUGUGUUUAGGCAUUUUCCCAAAAGAUGAGUAUACAACGCCUUUUCUCUUAGGAGCUUUGCAACAAGUUAACAAACGGAUAUUGUAUAAUGUUAUGGAUCAGUCACUCUCUUUCACUGACGAGUAUUGCGAAUUAGGUUCCUGA